AUCAAACACUUAUCUAAGGCAAAUUCAAAAAUCAUCAUCUGCGAAACAAUAGUUGAGAAUAAACAAAAAGAAAAACCCACACCAAACCAAACCAAGAGGGUGAGAAUCUCUCUCUGGUUGUUUGGGUUUGAAGUCUCCCUUCCUUCCUUCCUCUCUCUCUCUCCUUUUCUUUCCUCUAUGAACUUCCUCACCAGAAAAACAAAACCACCACAAGGUUUCUUUUCUUCCUGGGCUUGAACUCCACAAAGCCAAGGAAGGAAAACAAACCAAACCAAACAUAUUCCUUAUUUCCCACUUGUUCAACCUGUGGUUUAUUUAUCCUUGGAAUAUGGUUCAAAGAAAAGUGCCUAGCAAGCUUGGUAUCCAAGCUGAACAUGUUAAAUCAGACAAGAGGUUGUCAAACCUGAAGCUACUAUCUUCAUCUCAUCACCAAGAUGGAAAAAAUAGAGGGGCUGAUAUGAAGAAGAAAAUGAAAAAAUCAAGGUCAAUAAAGCUUUCCGAUCUUGAGGCUCUUCAAUCAUCAUCAUCAUCAUCACCUUCAAGGAGAAGCUUGUCUCUUCACACUCCAACAACUACAACAUCAGCAUCACCACAGAAGCAACAACCUUUGUUCAGAACUGUUGAUGGUUCACCAAAUUACAUGAAGCCAACAAGCAGUUCACAUGCAAAAAAGGAGCUUUUCCUGGUAAGCCAAAGGAACACUCAACCUGGUUCUGAUUUUAAGAAUCUUCCUAGAAAAAUUUCCAGUGAUUCCAAAGCUGCAUGUGUUAAGAAACCUGCAAAAGCCUUGACAAGAACAUCUAAUAGUUUGAGUUUGGUGAGAACAUUGACCAAAACCACUAGUUUCAAGGCUUCUAGAGCUUGUUCUAGAAAAUCCACCAGGGCUGUUAUGUGUUCUGCACCACAGAGAGCUACAUGUUCUUCAACUUUGAAGGACUCAAAGUUCCCUGCAUACCUCAUGCUUAGCUCUGGGGGAACUCAGUCAGAGGGAACUUCAGCCAUGAAGGUUUGCCCUUACACAUAUUGUUCUCUUAAUGGUCAUCACCAUGCUGAUUUGCCACCGUUGAAGAGCUUCGUGUCCGCGAGAAGACACCUUUUGAAGACGCAGAAGCGUGUGAAGCUUGAAGCUCUCAGCCCUCGGAGACUGAAGGUUCCUCUUGAGACACAGAAGGAGGACUCUGAUGUUGAGCCGAAUGUCUUUGAUGCAAAACCUGCUUGUGAUGAAAUUGGCAUUGAUAUUUUCAUUGAAAUCUAUGCCAAUGAAAAGGAUGCAAAACCAACAGCAGCAGAAGGAAUGGGGAGAAUAAAUUUUCUCAAAGAGAUUGAGGAUCAUGAAGAUAAUAGCAAGUCAACAAUUGAGGAUAAUUGCAUAGCAGCAAGUGAGGAGGGUGUCAUGCAAAUCACUACUCCAAGAAGUAUUGGUAAUUGUAUUCCUUCUCCCUCUAUAUCUGAGAUUGAUCUUGAGGAGGAUUUGAAAAAAUCCUUAGAUGAUGCUGAAAUUGGAAUAGAUGCCACCAAAGAAAGAUUUCUCCAAGAACAAAAAGAAGGAGAUUCAGAUGAAGAUCACCAAUCUAUUGUCUGGUCUCAUGAAGAAAUGAGCAUUGGAAGUUACUGCAGUGAUGGGGAACAAGACAUAGCGGAUGUUGACAUGUAUAAUUCUGAUUCCAAAACCUAUGACAUGGAGUGGGAGGAGGAGCGGUUGCACGAAUUCGAACAAGAUGAGGAUGCUGAUUCUUCUGUGUACACAGAGGAGGACAACUCAAAAGUUGAGUCCUCAUCAGGGAGUUCUCAUGAUGUAUCAGUGACAUGGUUAGAUGAUAUCCUUGGUGGCUAUUAUGAGGACUUUCUUGUUGAUGAAACACACAAAGAAGCAAAUUCAGAAGAAAGAACCUACUUUGAAGAACAACCUAGUGGCACUAGUUCUUCUGUCCUUGAAGACACAAAUGGAAGCACUGAAACUCAAGAAAACCUGACAAAUACACAAGAUAAUGGUGGAGAAGAUGAAAAACAUAAGGAUGAUGAUGAGGCCAGUUGCAACACAAAGCCACUUGAUGAAGAGACAAUUGACAACACUCAAUGUCAGAAGAUGAGUGGAACUUGCAAAAUUGAAGAGACAAAUGAAAAUGGAUACUCAAUCAGUCUAGAGAACAAUGAUGAGAGCAACAAAGGGGAGAGCCAAAUUGAGUUGGAGGAUGUGUCUGAAAAAGAAAGUAACAUAGCUUCUCAAGAUCAAGAUUUGUUGGACAAAGACCAAGGCAAAGCUAAAAGGUUCCAGCAAAACACAAGUUGCAUAGAUGGUAAAGAGGAAAACACAUGCAAAAAUUGGAAAGAUGGUAUUAGGAGAAAGAAGGGUGUUGAAGAUGAUGAUGAUGAAAUGAGAAAGUUCAACCCAAAAGAGCCAAAUUUUCUGCCAUUGGUUCCUGAGCCAGGACAAAAGAAGGUUGACCUGAGGCAUCAAAUGAUGGAUGAGAGAAAGAACUCAGAGGAUUGGAUGCUUGAUUGUGCACUAAGACAAGUUGUGACAAAGCUUGCACCAGCUAGGAAGAAGAAAGUGGCACUUCUAGUUGAAGCCUUUGAAAUGGUAUUGCCAGCAGCAGCACCAAAAUGUGAAACCAGUGUGAGAAACAACAAUUCUUCAGCAUUUGGUCAUUCAGGAAGAAUUCAAGCUUGUAGCUGAUGGAUGCUGCUGAGUAAUUAGAUAGAAGGUGCAACCAGCAAUUACGUGGAAGUGUUAUCUUGCACGGGAAGCAUAACCAAACAUCCAAAGAGUAAUGUGCAUGCAUGCCCAUCACAGAAAGUAAUUUGGUUGGGCAUCUCCACCUAUCUGAAACAUGGAUAAACUAAUGAGCUUCAAGAUUUAAGGGACUUGUAAUCGUUAUACGAAGAGUGUGAAACUCCAGAAAGGGAAUUUGUGGUCGGUAUUUAGCUGUAUGGGUUUAAAUUUGCUUUAGAAAAAUGUUUAGAGAACUUUAAUUGUGUGUUUACUUUGGUAUGUUUGUAUUUGACUCACUAAUAUAUUUGUGUUAUGAAGGUUAUCCAUGCCUCCGGAUUCUGUUAACUUGCUAGUUUGUACAUUGCAGAAGGAAGGAUAUAUAAUAAUUAUGGAUUAUGUAAUUUUCUUUUUUCUUUCA